AUAGAUCUCACUCCACGUCAGGCAACUAUUACUUCCGACCCCACAAGACUCUUCUUGCUACGCUGCUUUCCCCAUGCGUUAUUAAAAACACACAAGACAUCUGUCGCCGCCUUAUCCCGCCAACGCUCCAUCGGACGGAGUAAAGCGGAGAUGCCGUUGAUUCGCAGGAAAAAGGCGCCGGAGAACUCGAAGCCAGAAGCUUCGAUUCCGAAGCCGAGCAGUGAAGACGACGAGAACAAGAAGAAGAAGAGCAGCAAGCCCUAUGUCCCGAAAGCCAAGGGCGAAGGAAAGAGCAAGUGGUCUUGCAUCGACAAUUGCUGCUGGUUCGUCGGAUACAUCUGCACCGUGUGGUGGAUUUUGUUGUUCCUUUACAAUGCGAUGCCGGCCUCGUUCCCGCAGUAUGUCACGGAGGCGAUCACCGGACCGGCGCCUGAUCCUCCAGGUGUCAAGUUACGCAAGGAAGGAUUGAAGGCUAAGCAUCCGGUCGUUUUUGUUCCAGGAAUUGUAACUGGUGGGCUUGAGCUGUGGGAGGGACACCAGUGCGCCGAGGGCUUGUUUAGGAAACGCCUUUGGGGGGGCACAUUCGGAGAAGUAUAUAAAAGGUCAUUAGCCCUAAUUUAUUUCUCCAUUUCGUAUUUAUUCCUAGCACCGUAUGAGAUAUCCGCUGUGCUUUACUGUAGGAUACUGUGUUUUUUGCAGAGCUAAUUUUACUUUGACUUUCUAGCUCAUUGGAUUUCAUUACUAUAUCAAAUGCUCAUUUAGUGUUGGGUCUGCAAUAGACACUGAUAUUGAUUUCCCCAAGACGGAGUAUACUUCAUCUUGUAUAAGAAUCAUCUAUGGAGCUUGAAAAACUACUUUUGAUUUCAUCUUAAUAAAAGCUGCAAGUGUAAUUACUUGGAAGAUUGCAAAAAAAUCAACCGUAUGACAAGAAAUUAGCUGCUAGCAGAGCUUUGUAUGUACACAUAUAUUUAAUUGUAUAUGAACAUUUGGAAAUUCAAUUGAUGAUAUGCAGACCUUUAUGUUGGGUGGAACAUAUGUCACUGGACAAUGAAACGGGGCUAGAUCCCUGUGGAAUUAGGGUUAGGCCAGUCACAGGCCUUGUGGCUGCAGAUUACUUUGCCCCAGGUUAUUUUGUGUGGGCAGUUCUGAUUGCUAAUUUGGCGCGAAUAGGAUAUGAGGAGAAAACCAUGUAUAUGGCUGCAUAUGAUUGGAGACUCUCAUUUCAGAACACAGAGGUGAGAGACCAAUCACUGAGCCGUAUAAAAAGUAAUAUUGAGCUGAUGGUUGAAACAAAUGGAGGUAAAAAAGCAGUAAUAGUUCCUCAUUCAAUGGGAGUUCCGUAUUUCUUGCAUUUCAUGAAAUGGGUGGAAGCACCGGCUCCAAUGGGUGGUGGUGGAGGACCGGACUGGUGUGCCAAACACAUUAAAGCUGUAAUGAACAUUGGUGGACCGUUUUUAGGAGUUCCCAAAUCAGUUGCUGGACUUUUCUCUUCUGAAGCAAGGGAUAUUGCUGUUGCUAGGGCUUUAGCACCAGGUGUGUUGGAGAAGGACAUAUUCCGUUUCCAAACACUGUUGCAUGUAAUGAAGAUGACAAGGACAUGGGAUUCGACCAUGUCUAUGCUACCAAGAGGAGGUGAUACAAUAUGGGGUGGUCUUGACUGGUCUCCUGAGGAUGGCUAUUCUCCUUGCACUAGGAAACAUAAGAACAAUAAUACUACUAAGGACUCAGGUCACAAUGGGAUUCUAAAUGUGGAAUCUAAAGCGAGUGAUGUGACUUAUGGAAGGAUGAUUUCAUUUGGAAUGGAUGCUGCCAAGGCAGAAUCAGCAGAGCUGAAGAGGAUUGACUUCAGAGGUGCUGUGAAGGGGAGGAACAUUGCAAAUAAUAGCUGUCAGGAUGUGUGGACUGAGUAUCUUGAUAUGGGCAUUGGGGGUAUCAAAGCAGUUGCAGAAUAUAAAGUCUACACAGCAAGUGACAUUCUUGAUUUAUUCCAAUUUAUAGCACCAAAAAUGAUGGCCCGUGGUAAUGCCCACUUUUCUUAUGGCAUUGCUGAAAAUUUGGAUGAUCCAGAGUACACACAUUAUAAAUACUGGUCAAAUCCUCUGGAAACUAGGUUACCAAAUGCUCCUGAGAUGGAGAUCUAUUCAAUGUAUGGUGUUGGCAUCCCAACCGAAAGAGCAUAUGUUUACAGACAGGUCCCAUCAGCAGCUGAGUGCGACAUCCCUUUUCAGAUUGACACUUCAGCAGGUAUCGCAGAUGAAGAAAGCUGCUUGAGGGAUGGUGUUUACACUGUUGACGGUGAUGAGACCGUCCCUGUUUUAAGUUCAGGUUUCAUGUGUGCUAAAGGAUGGCGCGGGAAAACCAGAUUCAAUCCUUCCGGAGUAAAAACUUACAUAAGGGAAUACGAACAUGCCCCCCCUUCCAAUCUUCUAGAAGGCCGUGGAACACAGAGUGGUGCCCAUGUUGAUAUAAUGGGAAACUUUGCUUUAAUUGAGGAUAUAAUGAGGGUUGCUGCAGGUGGUACUGGAGAAGACUUGGGAGGUGAUCAAGUCUACUCACAGAUCUUUAAAUGGUCUGAAAAGAUUAAUUUACCUCUAUAAGAUGGUGAUGAGUGUGCGUACUGUAACGUGUCAUGUAAAGCGAGCGAGGCACUUUUAAGGCCUUUUAGAAUUGUGAAUAUUACACCCUCUCGGUUAAGAUUGAUUUCUGCAGCUGUAAAUUUUACACCAUUGGGUCUACUCGAGACUGCUCAAAUAAAACUGUCAGAAACUUUGACGGUCUGAAACAACUGCUGCUGAUGAUUUGUUUAUGGACCGAGUUGAGCUGAUGGAUUGCUUCUUGGGAUUUGACAAGGUUUUUGUUCUACUUGAUUAGAAUGGGAGUUGAAUGUUUAUAGGGAGUAGAUUAUUUGGUAGAGUGUUUAGAGUUUAUAUGGUCAUAUGGAGAUGGCUGCAUGAGCUCCUAGAUAUGUUGCAAUUUAUUAUUUGUUACUUGUUGGUGGACACUAAACAGGAACAUUAUUUUCAUAUCAAGUUAACAAAUAGGAAACUAUCCUAUUCCCCUCAAUUUACAUUGGAUAGAUUGAGAACGACUCAUCAUAUCUGACCAUCAAUCCCCUGAGCUGAAAAAAGG